AUGAGAUCGCGCGCCAGUGCCUUGCCGGCGAUCUCAUCUACCGACGGGCCGGUCCUUUACAAACCUCACCACGAAGCGAGCACAAUUGAGCUGUUUUACGAUCUGUUCUUCGUAGCAAACCUUGCAACAUUCACUGCUGCACACAAGCAUAGCGAUGCAGAAUCUGUCGCAGCUUCUCUCGGCUACUUCACGCUCCUGUGGUUCACACGGCUCAAUACGACACUGUACUAUGUUCGCUUCGCCACCGAUUCCAUCACCGACCGUGCUUUCAAAUUCGUACAUUUCGGUGUUAUGACGGCUUUCGUAUUCUGUGGUCCGAUUUUCGAUGUCUAUGACGAAAAAGCAGAUGCACGCACUUACAAAAAGUUCGCUGUGACCAUGGCGAUCUCGCACGCCAUUCCUACAAUUCAGUACCUAAUAGUACUCGUUCAGAGCCGUCGAUAUCGCAAUGCUGUCCUCCCAGUUGCACCCACCGCCUCUGUGAACGCUCUCGCAGCAAUCGGUUUCGGGGUGACAGCCACUGUUUUCUCAAUUGGCAGCAUCGCAUGGCACAGUUUGGCCACAUGGUACUCCCUGAAGAUAUUUUCGGGAGUUCCCACAGUUCUGGUCUCCGUCUUCUACCGCGUCAUAUCUUUCAAACAUGCCCAUCUCACUGAACGUGUGUCACUGCUAACCCUGAUCGUCACGGGCGAGCGCAUUAUUGGGCUCUCAAAAUCAGUCUCCUGCAUCAUCAAAGCCAAUAAGUCCACAAGCGCCAAUGACAUCGGCGCUGUGAUUGCUGCCGUUCUCCUUCUAUACCUCAUUUGGAUGCUGUACUUCGACCAGCUUGACGAGGAAGGCAAAAUGGGCACUAUUCGCCAACAAAUAUGGGCCCUCCUGCACUUCCCACUCCAUUGCGCCAUAGCCCUUACGGUAGAAGGAAGCACCAGUCUUAUUCCCUGGAAUUCAGCCAUGCGAGGGCUUAAACUCGUCUGGUCACUUCGACCAGGUCCUGACGAUGCUCCCAGCACUCCGUUCGCGAACAAUGCUGCCUUUGCAUACAAACUCGCCGAUGAAUACGACUGGGUUGUCAACCUCACCUUGGUCAACGACAUAGCACAGAAUGUGACAUUCAACAGUAAUGAGUAUUUCUCUUCAAUGGCAUCCAUCAUCGACGAAAUGGUCGAUUACGCAGCAAACUUCGUCUUCAAAACCCACGAUGCUACCAUGUACAAAAUGCUCGAAGUCACUUCUAGCAAAUCAUCCCCGGACGGCCACGACGCCCUUGAAUCAAUCUAUGAAAUUUACGACGUCGUCACGCUAUACUUCUACAUCUCAGCAGGUGCGACAUUGCUCCUCCUGAGCGCCAUGUACUGGUUUGGCAAGCCUCACCACACACGCUCUGAAGCAGGCGGGCCGCUCGUCCGUCAUCAUCGGGUCUCUCCUGAUCGGCUCAGGCUGUCUGGCCGUAUUCGUCGAUAA